AUGUUUUCCGACGCCUUCCCUAUCAAGGAGGUCGAUGACGUUGUGUUUGAAGUAGACUGCAGCUUGAUCACAGUAAAGGCCGGGGCCGAUGUUGACAUUGGUGCCAACCCCUCUGCGGAGGAUCAGGAUGACGCCUUGGAGGAUGGUGCGACCCAGGUCAACAAUGUUGUUUACUCUUUCCGUCUUCAAUCGACGCAAUUCGACAAGAAGACGUACCUAGCCUAUCUCAAGGGCUACAUGAAAGUUGUCAAAACUGAGCUACAGAAAACCAAGCCUGAGCGUGUCGAGGCUUUCGAGAAGGGCGCGCAGGCUUUCGCUAAGAAACUUGUCGCAAACUUCAAAGACUACGAAUUUUACACUGGCGAAUCAAUGAACCCUGAAGGCAUGGUUGCACUCCUUAACUACCGGGAGGACGGCAUCACUCCCUACUUCACCUUCUGGAAAGAUGGUCUCAAGGAAGUGAAGCUGUAA